AGGAACCCUUGGCCACCAUCGAAGUAGAACAACGCUACGCUUAACGAAACUCCGCAGGGUUUUCUCUUUUUGUGAUCACCAAAGUAUAGCAUUAGCCUUUAGCAUUUAGCAGUGGGCAGAGUAGGUGGGGGGGGCCGCUAAGAGCAGGCACUGGAAUUCCUACAUGGAAGUGGCAAACCAUCUGAAACGGAAGCGAGACGACGUCGUCCCAUUCGAUGACAGCCAGGUGGACCUUUCCCUGCUGGAAGCGGUGGAGAAAUCCCAAAACGCCGUGGAAGUGCUUGACCUCCGCACCCUCAAAAGGCUAGUCUUCUCCUUCGAGCGGCGAUUAAAGGAGAACAUCGAGGCCCGCCUCAAAUACCCGGACCAACCGGAGCGGUUCGCUGACUCGGAAGUGGAGCUGCACGAGGAGCUGGAGAAGCUGAAGAUCCUAGCAGGAGCCCCUGAGCUGUACCCUGAGCUGGUCAAUCUCAACGCCAUCCCUUCCAUUCUGAAUCUGUUGUCCCACGAGAACACUGAUAUUGCCAUCGACGUGGUGCAUUUGUUGGAGGAUUUGACGGACGAAGAUGUUCUGGAGGACAACGACGAGCCUGCCAGGAUUCUGGUCGAUUCCCUCAUCGAGAACAAUGUAUUGGAGCUCUUGGUGCAGAAUCUGCAACGCUUGUCGGACAAGGACCCUGAUGAGAUGAGCGCUGUUUACAAUACUUUGGCGAGCAUUGAGAAUAUGAUAGAGGUGAAGCCAGCGGUGGCGGAGCUGGUCUGCGAGAGGACAAAGUUGUUGAGAUGGUUGUUGGGUAAGAUUAAAGUGAGGGAAUUUGAUAGUAACAAGCAGUAUGCCUCGGAGAUAUUGGCAAUAUUGCUGCAAAACAGCACAGCCAACCAGAAGAGAUUGGGACAAAUGAACGGCGUGGAUGUGGUUUUGCAGGCAGUGGCUAUGUAUAAAUCAAAGGACCCCAAGACAUCCGAUGAAGAGGAAAUGUUGGAGAAUUUGUUCGAUUGCUUGUGUUGUUUAUUGAUGCCAUUGGAGAACAAGGAGAGGUUUGUUAAGGCUGAAGGGGUGGAGUUAAUGAUUAUUAUUAUGAAGCAGAAAAAAACAGCUUAUGCCUCUGCCAUAAGGGCACUUGAUUUUUCCAUGACUAAAUGCCCGCAGGCUUGUGAGCGAUUUGUUGAUGUUUUGGGAUUGAAGACUGCCUUUGCUGCGUUCAUGGGUAAGAUUCCUAUGGGUAAAAAGAGCAAGAAGGAAAGGUACCAAGAGGAGUUGGAAGAGCGCCUUGUAUCCCUCAUUGCAUCAUUAUUUGGUGGAAUUUUGAGAGGUUCUAGAAGGGAAAGGUUGUUAAGUAAGUUUGUUGAGAAUGAGUGUGAAAAGAUAGACCGCCUUAUGGAACUAUAUAUAAGAUAUUCUGAUAGAGUUAAAGCAGAGACACAAAGACUGGAGCAACUUGAACUUGAUGAUUUGGAGAUGGAUGAAGAGGAAAAAUACAACAGGAAGCUUGAAUCUGGACUUUACACUCUUCAGCUGAUCACUGUCAUUCUGGGUCAUGUUUGGUGCUCUGAACACCCUCAAAUGAGAGCAAGAAUUGAAUUAUUACUCAAGCAGCAAAAGCUUACUAAGAAAGAUAUUAAGGAUAUACUUCAGGAAUAUCAUGACAAUAUUGGUGACCUAGAUGGACCAGAAGAGAAGGAACGAGCACAGACAAGGAUCCAGAAAAUUAUUUCAGCUUUUUGAUUGUCAGCUGAUUUCUACUAUCUGGGAUGUGAGUUUAGCAUUGUGAAAUUGAGUCAAGUUGAUGCUUAUACAAUUAGGCUUGUCGAAAUUGCUCCCGGAAAAAGACUAAAUUGAUUAACAAGAACACCUUAUUGUAGUGAUUUUUUCUCCAGUGCUAGAAAUGUUCUGAUUAA